AUGCCGGAGAUAACAGACCGAACUUCCUCGAAGAACAACAAGAGAAUGGGGCUUCGACAAUCUCUUUCCAGCAUGAAUUCCACUGCCUCAAGCUAUUGGGGAACGAAGGCAGAGCUAUUGCAACUCGAGCUCGAAGAGAUGGACGAAAGAUACACCGCAAGCAGAAACAGAACUAGUACUUUGUCAGGGAUUUAUUUACAGAGCCAUGAGCAAGAAUUUUUGAAGAGACGGAAUGCCCUUGAGGAGCUUGUUCUAGGAGCACUCCAGAAAGAACACGAGCUGGAGAUGGCUUUGGAGAGUGCCGCACAAUGUUCGAAUGGCGAACAAGCAGAACGUGCUUUUGUCCAACUUUUGCUGCUGCACUACAUUAAAAACCCGAAAUCUCAAAAAUCCAACUUCAGACGAGACGUUGAAGAUUAUUAUGGAACUCUGAGGGUUGUAGACAAUGAUGAUGCCGAGGAGGAGCAGACUGAAAACUGGUGCCCUGUUACACAAGCCUGGGCAUCUUGUCACAGGAAAGCUGCCCACUUGAUCCCUCAACGAAUCCGUCAGAAGGGUAUGGAUCUCAUCUUCGGGGAGGAAUCUAUGGGUGAGAUGUACUCACCGAGAAAUGGCUUGAUGCUCGAAAGCCAGGUAGAAAAGCACUUCGAUCACUUACAGCUAGCCAUUGUUCCAUGUAAGGACGAUUCCAAUGAUUUUGAGCUACGAGUCAUCGAUAAAGGCUUGUGUAAGAUGAUUCAUGUUGAGUCAAGGUGCUCUUUUGGAGACAUGCAUGGAAAAAAGUUGAAAUUCCUUAAUGCAAAUAGACCAAGAGAGAGAUACUUGUAUUUUCACUGGAUGAUAUGCAUGGCAUUAGCCAGUUCAAAACCGAUUAAUCAGGAGAGGGUCAAAAACGAGAGAGAACGCCAUCAGAAGUUUUGGGGCACACCUGGGAGAUGGGUGAGAGAAGAGAUGAUUAGGGGAUUGAUCAAACAUACGGGCCACGAUCUUCCAGUAGAUCAUACAAUUCCAGAAGAAGGCAAGGAUGUUACGGAGUUAGUAGAGGAGAUAUGCAAGCCAUAUAAGCGUAAGGAAGAUGAUGAAGAAGACGAUGAGGAAAAUGAUGAAGAUUCAUGA